AUGAUCCAAGAUAAAUACAAACCUACCGGCCCAGUGAUCGACCCAGACGUCGUGGCCACGCAAGAGAACUUGACAUUUAAGUGGAUCAAGUACGUCAUCUAUAUGCUGGACGACGAUAAGAGGGAGAAGAUUCUGGCAUUAUAUGACCUCGAGUACGAGAGCAAAAAUGGCGUCAAAGGGACGAAAACCAGAUUUUUCAGCUGGAACCUCGUGGAUGCCAGCGCAAAGAAUAAAUCGAUGUAA